AUUGUGAAUAAGCAGAUAUAUCCACACGCACUACGUCGCAUAAAAAUAUAUGAAUUGAAUUUGGAGCAACAGGCAAUAAACAAAUAAUUAUAUUUGAACAAUACUUGUGUUAUCGUAAAGAUAAAUUCACAAGUGGUCCUAAUGUGAUUCAAUUGGAUAUCUGAGUCUACCGUGAGUGAGUGAAAACGCAGCUACAAUGAAUACCAGUAGUGAAAUUUUGACCCAAAGGAAUAUAGAGACGCCGCCAGCCACUCUAGGAAUAAGUCCUGUGAAAAAGAUCAACGGACCUGUUCUCGUUCCCUGGGACCGGCAAAAAACAUACAGUUUUAUAUGUUUGACAAUUUGCUUUGUAAUAUGGGCAUGCGUCUUUUUUCCAUUGAUAAAAUAGUUUUAAAUGAAAUUAUAUCUGGAAACAACUACUACUGUCUGUUUUUUGUGCUUUGUAUAUAAUAGAGUACAUGUAUACGUACAUAUUACAGUGAAAAUGUUGCAAUAAAUUAUAUUAAGAUGUAAUUAUCAUCAAUCAGCACAUAAAACUUACAGCUUAGACCUCUAGUAUUGCCAUCUCUGAGGUAGAUUUUACAUCACAUCAGAGCCGAACAUUGAUAACUGAAGCCUCAUGACGUUUAGGCAACACGUACAAUUACAAAACAAGGUCACAACGUGUCUUUCAGCUAGUGCUAAGUUAACAUCUUGUAGAAAAACCAAUAUGAUGUCAAAAAAAAAUCGGCAUAAUGUCACUUUUCAAGAUACGUAAUACCCGUGCCGGCAUAGCGCGCCGGGUAGCCGUCUUGCUGGUACCACGUCUCUGUAAAUGCUGGCACGUCUUCCAAUGAAUUUGGUAAAUGUCUUAAUAA